AACUCAUUCAGUGCAGUAGCCUCUGAACGCAUUUGCUCUCACCUGCUUGGCACUGCUUUACCGACUUCACGAGAGCAUGACGAGUCAUUGAGCUUGUUCGUCAACAUGGAUACCCCGUCAAGACUCACAGGAAGUCACGAACUGCGAUCACGCCAGACUUAUGAAACACCUCCUUCUAGCUAUCGUCCGAGUAGAAUGUCGCUCGAUGGCUCGCGGCAGCAUCAUGCUGGAUCUUCUCGCUACAGUUCUGCUUCCCCCUCAUCGUUCCACAACGAACCUGACGACUUCCGAACACGCUUGAACCGAUUGAGCUUGCAAGGUAGCAGCUCAGCUUCUCCCCUAGCGAGAAGCUCGUCACUGAGGUCUCGACCUGGAGGCGGAGUUGCCGAUGUUGGAUUGGGGAGACGGUCUACGAUCUUGGAUGGAUCCGUCCGAGCUGUGCGAACUGGAUACGAUUUCGACAAGCGAGACACGGCUUUACCUAGAAGGGAUUCUCCUUAUCGCCCUUCAACGUCAUACUCCCGGCAUUCGGAGCACAACGGUCUUCACGAAACCAUGAAUGGUCAGCAUGGCUCACCAAGCGAAAGACGAUAUCUGCGAGCAAGUCCUGAAUCUUCGCGCUCGCACCGGUCGAGCGCCUAUUCCUCCCCGAACGACACCUCCCCGUCAAGGACGCCUACUCCUACCGCAUCUGCUGCUCUUGAUGGAUACUAUCCGACCAAGUCUCGCAAAGCUCACGGUCACGACGAUAGGCGCAGCGGCCGUCAUGGGGCCGACGAGCUGUUAUCCAGUGGGGAUGCAUACAGGUCGUCCAGGGACAAGGGCGACGGCAGCAGCGCAGGCAGGAGCGUAUCGAACAGCACAGUCCGAGACUUUGGCGGUCAGGACGAUGACACCUUGACAUAUCGACUCGAGAACAAUCGGCGAUCGCGAGCGAAUGCAGACGAUCGACCGAUUCGUGUGUCUAGUCCAGCGGACAGAGAUCACCUAUUCGACCGCAGCGAGCUGCGAGUAGACGCAUCUCGUACCUUAGCCUCGUCCCGCUCUUCCGUACGACACGGAGUUGCCCAACAACCAGAUCCGGAGGACGAGAUGCCUGCUGAAGCAAAGGUUGAUAUGUGGAUGAGGAGCGGGAGCGGUCGCCUGGGAUCCGGGGAUGAUCCAUCGAGCAAGAGAAGGGCUGCUCUACCAGCCGAGUUCCGUAGCGACAUGUCUACCCCUACCCGCCCCUCUACCAUAGAGCGACAUCAGCUUCGAUACGAUACGGCUUCUAGACACUCAGACUUUGGGUCUCCUUCCAUCAGCGCAUCGGUAUCUGGCCGCUCUCAAGACAGAUCUGGGUUAUCGGUGACUGAAGCUUCUAGCCGCCGCGACCUCAGGAGUAGCACCUCACCUUCUGGCUCGAUGAUGUCAGGGUCCAGCAGGUUAACAAGCAUAUCGCGCGCAAGCCCCGUCUCAGAAACCCCUGAACGAUCUCGUCCUCAGAGCACUAUCUCCACUAGCAGUAUAGCGGACGAGAACGAUCUCGCUGAAAGCAGACGCAGACGCAAAGAGCUCUUGCAAUCCUCUUCUCAGCAAACGUUGCCUAGGACGAGCUUGCACACUCCCGCUAGAUCAACAACGAUCGACUCGGUCCGUGGAAUGGACGAAACCCGCAGGUCUCACGCCUUGAUCUCAUCCGAACCUCGUGCCCCUUCUCGAGCCAGUCGUCACAUGCGACCCUCGACUUCCAUGUCCUACUUGAGGGACAUCGAGGAGCCGAAGAUAGCCCCAGCUCAUCUCCGUCUUCACCGACAAAGCAUGGUGUACUUGCCAGCUCGUCGGGACGAUGGACUCGAUGGUCUGCCGGACAGCCCGUUGGCUCGAUAUCAGCGACCAUCAGAAUCUUCAUUUCAAGCCGCUCGAAAUAGCGGUCCAUUGGGCACGUCACAAUCGUCCAUCUUUGAAAAUUCACACGCCAUCGGUCGAGCGCCAUCUCCAACGCGAUCCAUCAUAUCCACGGCGACAUCGACCCGGCCUUCCACCCGCGGGACGCCAAGCCGGGUCGCUAUGACUCGCCUGCAGGCGAAGCUCCGCAAAUCGUCGGACGAGCGUAGCAAAAUCAUGCUUGAGGCUUGCAUCAGGCUAUUGAUGUCGUUGGGCGCAAGUGAUCGAGCGAAUACCCAGUCCUCUGGCAACGAUGUUGCUGGCCUGGCCAAGAAUGUCCAGAAUGUGGCGACGACAGCCGAAGACGUCCACAUACGCUCGGAUGCAGCCUUGAGCAAGAUCAAGGAUCUCAUCGAGCAAUGUCUCGAGGUCGACCCGGAGCAGGACGCUGAUGACGAUGGGGAGGCGGCUGUUGUGCUCGUCAAUGUCCAAGCGGGUCUCGAGGAAGCCAAGGAGAUUUUGCAGCAACUCAGCAAGAGCGGGAUUGAACUCAUCGGUCUCCUGACCCUGGUCUUUGACGGUCUACAUGGGCAUCAGCUUUAUGGCUCGACCAGGAACGAUGAACAGGUACAAAGUGUGCCGCAAGACCAGAUAAUGCCUGUCAGCAACGAUAAUUCGCCAGGUGUGGAGCGAGAUACUGUCCGAAAUGAGGAGACCGACACCACACCUCGACCGGAGCAGGCCGAGGUCUUCAUGCAGGCUGAAGAACCAGAGGGCAAUACAGUUGAGGCGACAGUCGUGAUCUCACCCUCCGCUGUGACCGCCCUCAGUGCAACCGGGGAGCCGGAGUCUCCAUCAACUGUCCAAGUAGAAGCCAAGGAGGAUGAAGAUUACGUGAAAAUGGAAGACCAUGAUCUUCCGCUGAAUAUCGCUACCGCCAACGAGGACGACGCGGCACGCAUCCCGUUCCCAAAGCAGACUUUCGACACACCAAAUGAAGACGUGACCGUCGAGCUUGCGGCUUCGAUGUCUAGCUCGCCGGUUCAAUCUUCAACAACGCGAAACUCUGUACGAAGUCGAAAAUCGUCAUCUAGCGCUUCAAUCCUCUCCAUCCGUGCGAGACCCGAUACGAUGUUCAAGCCUGGAACGCCGACGACCGCGGUGAGCGCCGUGGUCGCCAAGUCGGCUGCGGGAACGAUGGACCCUGCCGGGAACCCACCUGGAUCUCCACUCCCGAAGACCGAAGAGCUCGUUAGCGAAGAUGAUUACUUUGCCGAGCAUCGAAGGACAAGUACAGGGUCUGCGGGAUAUACGCCUCGAGAGAACGAGCAAGAUGAUAUGCAGGCGGGCGCGGGUGACAAGGAUGCGCUGCUAGUGCGACCUGCUUACGGGACGGCUAGUCAGAGUUUGCGGGAGAUCCAUAAAGCCAAGUAGAUGGAGCAAGUACACGAGAGUAGAUUGAAUAUCGUCGUAGCAGAAUAUAUUACAGUAUCGAAGCCUGAAUGUAUAUGAUACUUGGUGCUUGAUGCAGCCUCGGUUGACCUUGGUGCCCGCUUACCGCGCGGAUACGGAGAUGGGGUGACGUUAGGCUCGGCACUGGGCCGGAUCUCAUGAGAAAAACUGUGUCAGAGUCAUCUUUCAUCAAC